CACCAACCAACCCACCCACCAUAAAACCCUUGUCGUUUGAAAAUCUCUCUUAUUUUCAAAGGGAUUCUGAAACAUCAAACAAAACCCAAAUGGAGUCUUCCCGGUUUCCAGAGCAAUUGCAAGCCCAAGCAUAUCAGAUUUUAAGUUCAAACGAUGUCAAACUAAUGGAAGCCCUCUUUUCACUUCUGCUUUCUCCUCAAGAACCACAAAGAUCUCAUGCCUAUAAUCUCCUCCUCUGUUGUAAAGAUCACUACCCCUGUCUUCUUUUUAUAAAGCUCUUUUAUUUGCUUAGAUAUGCCUCUAACAUGGACACUAGAGCAAAUUCUGCCCGUAUUCUUAGAUUUGUUCAAGUUCAAAACUUGUGGCCUAAGUUAUCUCCUCAUGCGCAAGUUAAUGUGAAAACUCAAGUUCUUGACUGCCUUAAAACGGAACAAUGUAUGCCUUUCUUAAGGAUUAUUUGCGGGGUAGUGUCUGAAAUUGCGGGUGAGGUUUAUAAAAGGCAAGAGCAAUGGAAAGAGCUUCUUGAAUUUUUAGUCAGGUGUCUUGCAAUGGAGAACGAAAAAUUUCAAGAAAUUGCUUUGUUGGUGUUUUCACAUUUGCCUAAUGACUGUAGAAGGGUAAUCUGUGAUGCUUUGUUGUCGAGAAUUGAGGUUUUACAUGGAGGACUUUUGCGUGGAUUGGCUUCAAACAAUUUUGAUGUAAAAAUAGCUGCUUUUGGGUCUGUGAUUAGUUUAUUACAUUUGUUUUCAGGGUCUUUAGGGCGUGAUUGGCUUAAUGAUUUGUUUCGAACUAUGAUGUUGGUAGUGUUUGAUUUGUUGAAAGGUGAAAAAGAAGAAUGUGCUCAAAAAGGUUUACAAGAACUAAUUAAUUUGGUUACGAAAGAGCCUCAAAUUUUGAGGCCUUACUUGAAUAGUUUAGUUUCUGAUAUGCUUAAGAUUGCUGAGAGUAGAAUUAUUAAAGACAAAACAAAAAAUUGUGCGAUUGAGUUCUUAAUGACUGUGGUAGAAGCAAAUGAUUUGGCUCCAGCAUUGAAAGUGUUGCCUUCUGCAAGUAUGGUUGGGUUGUUUAUUAUUCCAAUGAGAAUGCUUCUUGGUAUUCAAGAUGAUAUUGCAUGGUACGAGAUGGGAAGUAUAGAGGGUGAUAAUGCAGGGAAAACAGACACAUAUAACUAUGGAAUCAAGUGCUUGAAGCAGAUGUCAAUAGUUUUAGGUGGGAAAAAUAUAGUUCCCAUUGGUUUUAAACUUUUGCCUACUUAUAUGGAUGCAAUAGAAUGGCAGAGACGCCAUGCAGGAAUUACUAUGCUUGGUGUCAUUUCUAAGGAGUGCUCACAGGAAAUGAUAAUGAUGGAAGAUUAUUUGCAGCAAGCUUUGACUAUGAUUUUGAGGUCAUUUCAAGAUUCUCACCCCCGAGUUUGUUGGGCGGCUUUUAAUUUUAUGCAAAUGCAUACAGAUGUGGUUGGCUCGCUUCAAAUUCUUCAUCAUUCAAGGAUUGUGCCUGCACUUCUUGCAGCAGUUGGCAAAAAACAAAAUCCUAGAGUGGCGGAAGAAGUUGCCUCGGCAUUGCUUUUCUUUGUAAAGAGUAUAUAUCAAGAUUGCUUAACUAUAUACAUGGAUUUGGAUAUGGUGUUGAGAAAAUUGCUUGCUGUACUACAGGAUAACAACAGAACAAACAGAUGUAGAACCAUUUCACUGCGUACUUUCAACAUUGUUGUAAAACAAAGGCCCGAAGUAUGUUUCAAGCAUUGUGUUGAUUAUCUUCCUGUCUUAUUAGAAGCUUGCACUGACAAGAAUUCAGAACUUAGAAAGGAAGCUACACUUGGAAUACGAAUCUGUGCACAGUUUGGUGGAUCUCAAUUCAGACCUUUUAUCAAAAGUGCACUGUCAAAACUAGGUGGGGUGAUGGCAUAUUCUGAUCGGUCCUGUAGGGAGGAUUUAGAGGCCUCUGACAUUGCAGUUUCAGCCAUUGGGGUAAUAUGUGAAUUUCACCGUGCCCUCACAAAUGCAGCUAAGCUUGUUCCCACUUGGUUAAGCUUCUUGCCCAUCAAAGAUGAUUUAGUAGAAGCCCGAUUUGUGCAUGAACAGCUUUGUUCAAUGGUUGAAAGGUCAGACAUAGUACUCUUAGGGAACAAUUGUCAACACCUUCAUAAGAUAAUCCUUGUCUUCCUUGAGGUUAUAAGUCAAGGAAGCAAUUUAGCCUCACCACAAACUGUGACAAGAAUGAAACAUUUUUUACAGCAAAUGUGGCGAAAAUUCCCUCGUAAUGUGUUGGAUCCAAUCUUGUUAUCAAUGAACGCGCAGCAGCUAGAGGUGCUAGCAAAUGAGGUUGGCUUCGUAUCCUAAACAAAGAAAGCAGAAUCCUAAUCCUAAUCCUUCAUGUCAAGAUUAUUUUUGUCAUUACACGAGAGUUUCCUUUGCCAUUCAUUAAGAACACAGAGGGAGAGUUUUUGUUGUAUAGUUUCAGAAAAGCAAAGGUAUCUACUUACAUGUACAGAUUAGAAAAGAACAGUUUUGUUGUACAGUGAGUUUCAACAGGUGGAUGUAAGGAGAGAAGAAUGGAUUGAAAACGGAAUGGUUUACUCCCUGUGAGGGGGAAAUUUUGGAAAAUGAUGAGAAAAUAUAGGCUGUUAAAGAUGCUCUUCAAGUAGAAAGAAUUAAGAAAUAGAAAAAUUUAUGAAAUUUAAUUGAGUUUAUA